UUGAGCGGGCAGCUGCUGUCCUCGUUACUCUGAAGAGGAGAGGGUCUGCAGAACGGCUCCUUUCUCCACAACACCCUCGAGUGCUUGUGCCUUGUCUUUCUACCUCUUUUUUUUCUUUCUUUCUUUCUUUGCCCUUGGGGUCUCUAAGAAUUGUUAAGUUUGAAGAGGACACCACCAUCACCAUCAUCAUCGUCACCUUCAUCCUUUCCAUGCCAGCCUCCUCCUGGCACCCAUUCCAGAUUCCCUUGUGUGACGUGAGCCACCCCAGAAGUGUAGCGCCAUGGCCAUCUCCUCGCGCCUGGCCUUAUGGGAACAAAAGAUCAGAGAGGAAGAUAAGAGACCACCCUCCGCAGCUUCACCUCUGCUCUCCGCUGUCCCAGGGGGCUUCAUCAAACAGCUGGUGCGUGAGACGGAAAAAGAGGCCAAGAGUAAAGUCCCUGAAACCGCGGACAAAAAACAGCAGCCCAGUAAGCUCAGCGAUAGUCUUGUCCUGCCAUUUUGGACAACUUCAGAAGAAGGUACUGAUUCAGGAGAGAUGUCUGCCCAUGUCAAGCUACUUGUGAAUGGUCUCCCUGGUGAUUCCAAGACGAUGGGAACAUUGGUCACCAUCAAACCAAAGGCCACUACAAGACUUCCCGACAGGCAGACUCCCCCCAUCCUGGGACAUAAGGACAAAGAUGUGCCUUUGGAGGAGACAUCAGCAUAUUAUGACAAGAGCACUGCAGCAGAAAGGCAAGUGAGGGAGACAUCAGUGGAGAGAGAAGACAUCCUUGCAGACCCUCAGGAACAGGAUGUGGAUGCUGGGACAGACCACCAAGAGCAGACAGUGGAUGUCAGUGAAGAUCACCAAGACCAGCAGAACUUGAAAGCCAGCACAGACGAUCAGAAGCAGCAGAAUGUGGACAGCAGCACAGACGACCAAGAGCAGCAAAACAUGGACAUCAGUGCAGAUUACCAACAGCAGAAUGUGGAUGUGCAGCAGGCCAAGGUGUGGUACAAAGCUGGAGACGCAUGGCUUGUGCAGAAGGAUGGCUUCACACUUGUGACUGAGCUGAGGCCAGAUGUGGGGACUCCUGAUCUUCCAGCUGGACUUUCUCGUAUUUGCCUGCAAAGUGAUGGGACGGAGAUGGAGGUGAAUACCGAUAUGCUGGAAAAGGUCAAUCCCCCCAGACUGGAUCUCGCAGAGGACCUCUCCCAGCUGGUCAACGUGAAUGAAUCCAGUGUCCUGAACACUCUGCGCUCCCGAAUGAACAAGCAGCUCUGGCACACUGCAGUGGGCCGUAAUCUGUUAGUGGUCAAGCCGCCUAAACGCCCCUCUUUCAGUGGUAAGACCGGGAAAGGGCGCAAAGCAGAGACUGUGCCACUGCAAAUCCAGUCACUUGUGCAGCGGACCUACUGGAAUAUGGUGAUUCAGAGGAAGGACCAAAGUAUUGUGCCUAUGGGUCGUACUGGAGCUGGUAAAACCACUUGCUGCCAAGCCAUUUUGGAGAGCCUCAUACGGACAGCAGGCAAUGCAGACUGCACAGUUACAGUGGAAAAGAUUCAGGCCAUCUUCACAGUGUUGCGGUCAUUUGGGAUGGUUGCAACUCCACAAAAUGGCACUUCCACCCGCUUCUCUUUGGUUCUCUCUGUGGAUUUCAACCAUGCCGGCCGUGUGGCUGCUGCCCACCUACAGACAAUGCUGCUAGAGAGAUGGAGAGUGUGCCGGCGACCAGAAGGAGAGAGCAAUUUCCACAUCUUCUCUGAAAUGCUGCUGGGACUGAGUUCAGAGCUAAGGACGCAACUGCACCUCCACCAUCUUGGUGACCAAAACAUGUUUGGACUUUCUGCACCCACAAAGGCAGAGGAGAAGCAGAGCACUUUGGCUGCAUUUAGCAAGCUGUUGGCUGCUAUGGAGACCCUUGGAUUCACAGCCAAUGAACAGAAUGCCAUCUGGCACGUGCUUGCCAGUAUCUACCAUUUGGGUGUGGCAGGAGUAUGUAAAGUGGGCCGCAAGCAGUUUCUUCAUUUUGAGUCAGCCCAGCAUGCCGCCCUGGCGCUGGGCUGUGAUGUCGAGGAGCUGACCACAGCUGUGUUCAAGCACCACCUCAAGCAGAUCCUCCAGCAAGCAACAGGGGAUGUGGCAGGAUGUCAAGGCCAGAGAGAGGGUGGGUGCACUGAAGGUCCCAAGCUGUCAGGGACGGAGUGUUUGGAAGGCUUUGCUGUUGGCCUGUAUGCAGAGCUCUUUAAUGCUGUGAUAUCGCUCAUCAACAGGUCCGUGUCCUCCAAGCAGCUUGCUCUGGCUUCCAUCAUCGUGGUCGACACACCAGGGUUCCUCAAUCCACGCCAUGGGGGUGGAGAACGGGCUGCUUGCUUCGAGGAGUUGUGCCACAACUACGUACAGGAGAGGCUGCAAGCCUUCUACCACCACAAGACCUUUGUGGAGCCAUUGGAGCGAUACCAAGAGGAGAAUGUUUAUGUCCAACUGGACAUCCCAGAAUGCAGCCCUGACAAGGUGGUCUCUGUAAUUGAUCAGACUGUAAUGCAGGUAAAACCUUUGUCUGCUGCAUCAGCUGAUAAGCCACGUGGCUUGCUGUGGGUUCUUGAAGAGGAGGUGCUGACCCCCGGUUCAAGCGAGACUGUUGUCCUGAGUCGUCUAGCUGACUAUUACUCCAAGCAACCUAAUGGUGGAGAAGGCAUGCCAGCCUUGCGCCAGUGUGAGCAGCCCCUGCAGUGUGAGGUGGCUCAUCAAUUGGGACUGGACCCAGUGCGCUACGACCUCAGCGGAUGGUUCAGCAAAGUCAAACCCAAUCUGUCUAUCAUCAACUCCACUCAGAUCUUGCAAGAGUCCAGCAUACCCUUGCUGCGCUCUUUGUUCACUGGCCACUCGAAGGUCUUACCAGUCUGCCGCUCAGUGGCAGGUCUGGAGGGCACCUCUCAACAGGUAAUGCAUCGGGCAGGCUGCGUGAGGCGGACUUUCACUGGCAACCUGGCUGCUGCCCGACGGCACUCUGCCUGCGCUCUAAUUAAAUUUCAGGCGGACGCCCUCAUCAAUCUCAUUAAAAAGUCCAGCACUGUGUUCCUGCAUUGCUUUGUACCUCACUUUCCUGAGGCGAACCUCCGGCACAAAGUCUUGGGCACAGAGACGGGCAGCCAGUUCUGUUUUGACAUCCCAAUGCUGCGCACCCAGCUACGUGCUGGCCAGAUUUUGGAGGCACUCCAGUUCUACAGGAUGGGCUUUCCUGACCGUUUGGCACACAGAGACUUCCGCAGACGCUUUCAGGCAUUGGCACCUUGCAUCAUGAAGAUGUAUAGUUCAGUAUUUGAAACGCCUAAUGAGAAGAAGGCAACAGAGGAGCUCAUGUUAGAACUGGACCUUGAGAAAAGAAGUUUUGCUCUUGGACAUACUCAGAUUUUCCUAAAGCCGGACCUCUUGAAGUCUCUGGAGCAACAGCGUGAGACACUUAUAAUCCCUUCACUGGUGUUGCUGCAGGCUGCCUGCCAGGGUCAUCUGGCCAGACAACGUUAUCGGCGUAGGAAGAUCCAGGAACUUGCAGUAAGAUGCAUACAGAAGAAUUUACGAAAACAUGAAUCUGUAAAGAGUUGGGCAUGGUGGAGACUUCUGUGCAGAGUACGCCCCCUUUUGGAUGUGAACAUUGAGGAUGAAAAAUUUAGAGCUAAAGAGGAGGAAAUUGUGGCCCUGAGGAAAAGGCUAGAGAAGUCAGAGAAAGAGAGGAAGGAGCUGAGGCAAAAUGCAGAUAUGCUGGAAUCCAAGGUCACUGACCUAACAGCAGAGUUAUCUGAUGAGCGUUUUAAGGGAGAAGUGGUGUGUCAGGCUCUAGAAGGGGAACGAUCUGAAGGGCUCAAGUUGUCCAGAGUAGUCAAGGAGUUUCAGGAUAAAUAUGAACAAACAAAGAAGGCUAUGGAAACCAUAGAGAAACAACUGGAGGAAAGUCUGCAGAAGUUGCAGAACCAUGAGCUGGAAGCAUCAACUGCCACAGGAUCAGGUAACCAAUGGCAGAUUCGCUACGACUGUGCUCAGACAGAAAUAGACUUUUUGCGCAAAAGGCAACGACAAGUUGAGGAGAAACUUGAAUGUGAGCUCCAAUACAGGCAGGACCUAGAAAGCAAGUUAGCAGACCUGCAGGGAAGAUUCGAUGAGGCCAUGUGUUCUUCACAACAGUUAAAAAAGAAGUGCCGCCAGUUAAACUCUGACCUUCAGGACACAAGAGUGCUGAUGGAAAGUCUGCAAGUGCGAAACCAUGAUCUGGAGAAAAAACAAAGAAAGUUUGAUGCAGAGCUGACCCAGGCUUUAAAAGAAGCAUCCUCGGAGAAAAGCUUGAGGGAGAAAGUAUCUCUGGAAAACACUGUUAUUCGAGGGGAAAUGUUCAAACUGCAAAAGAGUGUGGAGGAGCUGCAGGCUGAAAUAAGACUGAUGAGACAACAAAAGGAUGAAGUGGAAGCUCAACUCCAGGAUUUGAGUAUUGAGCACCAGCAGAGUCCAGAAUCUUUUGCUGAAAUGAAAAAGCUAGUGAGAGAGCUACAGAGAAAUGAAAAAGAACUUAUGGUAGAAAUAAGCAAGAAGACAGACAUCAUCCAGCAACAAGAACAGAUUCAACUGCGAUUUGAGAUGGAAAUGGAACGAAUGAAGCAGAUCCAUCAGAAAGAGCUUGAAGACAAAGAGGAAGAGCUUGAAGAUGUACAGAAAUCCUCCCAGAGAAGGCUCAGACAGUUGGAGAUGCAGCUGGAACAAGAGUAUGAGGAGAGACAAUUGAUCCUCCACGAGAAGCAAGAUUUGGAGGGUCUCAUUGCUACACUGUGUGAACAGAUUGGUCACCGUGAUUUUGAUGUCGAAAAGCGACUCCGUAGAGACCUGAGGAGGACACGGGCCUUGCUGGCUGAUGCACAGGUUGUUCUUCAAGGACUCCAUGAUGAUAGCCCAGUAGGCAACAAAGAGGAGAUGGAGAAACUGCAUUACCAGGUAGAAGAAUGGCAAACCCGCUGCUUAGAGGCAGAAAAGAAACAGGAAGUGUUUGCAAUGGAACUGGAGAAUGCACAGCUAGAGCUAGACACCAUCUGCCGCAACAAAAGUCUGGUUGAUGAGCAGCUCUACCAACUACAGCGAGAGAAAGCUGAUCUACUAAAGAGAACGGAGGAAGACAGAGAGGAUCUCAAUGGGCUAAUGUUGAAGCAUAAGGCUCUCAUUGCACAGUCAUCUAGGGACAUCACACAGAUACAGGAGCUACAAGCUGAGAUAGAGCAUGUCAAGAAAGAGAAGCAUGACCUGCAAGAAAAGCUGCAGACUUUUGCAACCCGGGUGCUCUUUCUUGAAGGCUCCAUGGUUGAGCGAAAGAUUGUUAGUAGACAAGAAGCCAUCAUCCGGGACCUGGAAAACAAGCUGGAAUUCCAAAAGGGUCAAAUCAAAAGAUUUGAGAUGCUUGUUCUGAGAUUAAGAGACAGCAUGGUAAAAAUGGGACAAGAGCUUGAGCAAGCAGCUGAGAGUGAAGCGAGAGAAAAGGAGAAUGCUCGUCACUAUCAACAGAGGCUCCAGGAGAUGCAUGUGGAAAUGGAGGAGCUUACUCAGCGGGAGUUGGAAAGCAGACGUCGCAGAAUUGAACUGGAAAUGAAAGUUGAAGAGCUGACUGCAGUGAGGCAAACACUACAAGCUGACCUGGAAACGUCCAUUAAGCGUAUUGCAGAUAUGCAGGCUUCACUGGAGGAGAUGUCCAGUGACAGUGAUGAGGAAUGUGAUGAGCAGUCCCAUGUUGGCUCCCUGAGGAGUACAGAUCCAGAAGAAGGAAUAAGAUCCUGGCUAGGAUUCCCAAGAAAUCAUGGCUCCCCUUUUGGAAGCAGUACAACAGGGAGCGUGGCCAGACUUUCUGUGGCUGACAGCAUGAGCAUAUACAGUGCUAGGUCACUCCCUAAAGAAGAAUCUGAUAACAGUAGGCCACGAUCUUCCUUGAGCAUUUCAAGUAUGAAGCAGGACCUAGAGCUUGAUAAACAGUCAUUGAGGUCUUCCAGAAGCAGCAUAGGAGAAGAUCAAGGGAGUAUAGGAAGAGGAGUUUCAUCACAUCUGGCAGAGGAAGUGGAGAGUAAGCGUGCUCCUAGCUCCCUGGCCCUUUCAGAGUUUGUAGAGGAGCUCAGGCGCAAUCGGGCUAGCGAACGCACAGAGCAGAUUCAGAGUAGCAAACUUGGAGGUUGUGAAAUGCUUCCAAUUUACCAGACCACAGGGGCCUCUGUGCUGAGACGGCGGACUAGCCUUCUAGAUGAACAAGAGGAGAUCAAAAGUAGGUUGUCUGAAGGUUAUUCUGUCGUUAGACCAGGUAUUCUCAAAUCCCCUGAACCCCAGAGCCCUAGAAUGAUCCGCUCAGCCAGCCUGAAAUCCAUUCCCGACUCUAAAGACAGUUCUACUACCCUCCCAGAGAUCACAAGGCUAGGUCGCUUUAGUUCUUAUGAAUCACUUGCUUCUAACCAGAGGAGAAACCCAUCAGUUACAUGGGAUCAAGAGGAUGCACCUCUUCCGAGGAGGCUGCCACCAAUUAGAAAACUCAUAGAGGUGCCUGAAGCGGAAGAGGGUGAUGGAGAACUACAGCUGGAUAUCAAAUCACUGGAAUUCAAAAACCAGAGAUUUAGAAAUUUGACUGAUGAAGAUAAAACUGUGGAAAUAAAGGCUGAGGAAAAUGAGGGUGACAUCCUACCUGCCAUCCGUAGGUCACAAUCCACCAGCAGCAUUGCUAAGGUUGGAUUGGGACGACGGGAAGGAAGAAGGCCCCUCAGUGUACACUUUGGGGAGCUCCCAGCGCCCAGAGCAUGCUCCCCAACCAGGAGCAAGGGGGAGCAGGCAGACUCUGACACCGAUUCAAGUUCCUCAGAUUCCACCAUAUCAUUCCGCAGCAUAGAGAGUGCAGGACAGAUAAAUAGGACUAAAGUGGACACUGAGCAGCCAGGAGAGAGGCAGGAGGCUGAAGGCAAAGAAGACGACAUCAGCAGUGUGAUGAUGAAAUACUUGCGUAAAGUGGAUAGCUGACAGAUUCAAGAAAGCCUACCUCUGGCGAAUCAUACACUUCUAAACAGAGAAGUAGUGGGUGCUGGACAGAAGUUACUGAAAGCAGUCUGAAGUGUAAAUUACAAGAUGUUGGAUAUUCUAAACCUCUUACACUUUAUAUAAUAAAUAAAUGCACACUUUUGGAACUCCA